AUGACACAUAAUCAUCAAACACAACAUUCCAUAAAUUCGAUCCAAUCAUUGGUUGAACCAGUUACUCCUCCUCCUUUAGGCCAAAUGAAUAAUAAGAGAAAUCAUCAAAAGGCUCAUUCAUUGGAUCUUUCAGGUUUCAACCAAUUUAUAUCUUCCCAAUCACCUAUGGUUUUAAUGAACACGGUCUCAACAAACGAUACUACACAGGCUUCUUCCAAUAAUGGAUUGAAUUCCUCAUAUAUUGCUGCUGGUCAAACUCCUACAAUCUUACCUCAAAUUACAGAGUUUACUUCUUCGAUGAACGACUCUAAUUCGACCAUCAGUACUCAGAAUAAUCCCAGACCAUUCCAUGAUAACAACAUCACUACUAAAUCCUCCGUAUCUGCUAUUUCUUUGAUGAAAAAUAUCACCGAUGGAGUUGCAUCGUUACCUGUUGCUUCUACUACCCCUUCAUUAAAUGCCAAAAACAAUUCCAGUAAUAAUAUUGGACAUCAUUCAAACCCCAGUUCUUCUUCUUCAAUGGCAGAGUUAGCAUUGACUCCCUUAAAAGAUUUGAAUUAUCUAAAGUUAGCUACCGAUCAGUUUGGAUGUCGAUUUUUGCAAAAAAAAUUGGAAUCCCCCGCUGAAUCAGAUAUUGUUAGAGAUUUAAUGUACGAGGAGAUCAAACCAUAUUUCCUUGAAUUGAUCUUGGACCCUUUUGGUAAUUAUCUAAUUCAGAAACUUUGUGAUUAUUUAACUGUUGAUCAAAGAACAAAUUUAAUUAAAUCAAUUUAUCCAAACGUUUUUCAAAUCUCUAUUAACCAAUAUGGUACACGUUCGUUACAGAGGAUAAUCGAUACUGUUGAUAAUGAUGAACAAAGCAAUAUUAUAAUUGAAGGGUUUUCUCAAAAAUAUACAUCUAUUGAACAAAUUGUCACCUUAAUAAACGAUUUAAAUGGUAACCAUGUCAUUCAAAAAUGUAUCUUCAAAUUCCCUCCUUCCACUUUUGAUUUUAUCAUCGAUACAAUUACUGAACAAAAUAAUAUCGUUGCUAUAUCCACCCAUAAACAUGGUUGUUGUGUUUUACAGAAAUUGUUAAGCGUCUGUACUUUAGAUCAAAUAUUCAAAAUUUCAGUCAAACUUAUUCAAUUUUUGCCAGCAUUAAUUAAUGAUCAGUUUGGUAAUUAUAUCAUUCAAUUUUUGCUCGAUAUAAACGAAAUAGAUUAUUAUUUCUUACCGGAAAUAUUCAAUACAUUAUCAAAUGAAUUAUGCCAAUUGUCAUGUUUGAAAUUCUCUUCAAAUGUUGUUGAAAAAUUCAUCAAGAAAUUAUUUUCUAAUGUUAGAUAUCAAUUGCAAAUGAACAACAUUGAUGCAAAUACCUUGGAAGUACUGGGUACUUCAAUGAACAUUUUACUAUCUAUUGUGGAUAUCUUUACUAUCAAUUUAAAUAUUCUAAUUAGAGACAAUUAUGGGAACUAUGCCCUACAGACUCUCUUAGAUGUCAAGAAUUAUUCUGUCUUAUUGGAGUAUCCAGGUAAUAAAUUUGUUACAAAUGUUCCACACUUCGCUGAAUUUAGCCACGAAUUCACGACAAAGAUAAACAAUCUUGUGAUAUUAACAAAAGAACUGCUUUCUAGUAUCAAAACCACAUCCUAUGCAAAGAAAAUCAAAUUAAAAGUAAAGGCAUAUGCAGAAUUAACAGGUAUAUCCUUUCCUGACUUAUCUCCAAAAAAACCAAAUAAUAGUAAUAAAAAUCAUUAUAUGAAUUAUAAUAAUACUAUUAACAGUGUAAAUAAGAAUAAAAAUAACAGUUACCAAAAGCAGCACUCCCGUCAUUUUUCAUUGCCUGCAAAUGCAUAUCAUAGGAGAAGCAGCAGCUCGGUUAUACCAUCCAUAUUUUCUCAGCAACAACAACAACAGCAAGCACCAACACAAGGCCAACUUUCUCCUGGUAUGAACAGCAUUUUUAACUCUCAUAACAUGUCUCCACUAGGAUACCAACCUCACCAAUCACAACCAGCACAGCCAAUUACACAGCCUAUGCUAGGCCAAAUGAAUAUGAGUAUGCCGCAACAACUUCCAUUGCAACAGGAUUUCUCUUCUAGCAUAUUACCAAGACCAAAUUCGAGUGUUAGUUUGCAAUCCAUUCCAUCACAUCUUACAUACCCUUCAUCAUCAUCCCAGUUAUCAAUUCCACAAACUUUUGCCGGAUCCGACAAUAAUAUCAGCACUAAUAGUAGCAGCAGUAUGCUAUAUUACCCAAACAAUGGUAUCAACAAUUUUAAUGAUAAUAUGGGUAAUCCAUUGAUGUCCAAUCUUCCAUUUUCUAGCAAUAAUAAUUUCAAUCAAAGACAAGCUAGAAUUGUAAGCAAUCCUUUACCACAACCUUCAUUUUCGAACAACGGUGCUUUCGCAGCUAAUAUAAACCCUGUUUCUCCGGUUCCAAAUCUGUUUUCCAGUGGAUCAAGUAAUAACGCUGACUUCAUUAAUAAUUUUAAUUUCCGCUAA